AUGGCACCUCCAGAAGGGUUUAAGAAACCACCGUCUAUGCCUGAUGGCCUGCCAAUGGCUCUUGAAGUGAAGAUUAAAGAGCUGACACUGGCCGUGCGAGCAUCGGAGGGCGACAAGAAAACUAUAUUGUUUACCGGGAAAAUGAAUAAUGCACUUUUGGACAUUUACCUGUUGUCUCGGGACCUCAGCCCUGCUCUUCGCUCUGCGGUCUUUACCCACCUGUCAUCUGUCCUCCCUUGCAGCAAAGACACACUUGUGAAAUGGGCCAGCCGCCUCUACCUACACAAACAGGGCGGUCGGUUGCAAGAGCCGUUACGGAAGCUGAAGGAAGCUGUGUUGCGGGCAAUGCCAGAACAGAUCAACAAGUACAACAAAGAGUUUAAAAUAUACAAUGAAGCCAAAUAUGCCAAAAUGGCGUCAGAUGACAAGGAUCAGAAGGCCCAUUCAGAAGAGGAGGAGGAAAGAAGACAAGGGCAACAAGAAAACUGCUGGGCCUCGAAAGAAGUUCCAGUGGACGGAGGAGAUCAGGCAGCUCUUGAGCCAGCUUGUCCGUAUAAAGAUGGACAUGUUUGAACCAGAAGGCAGUGGUGGUAUGCUGAGCCUGGAAGAGUAUUUCAAGUCUUUUCUGGAUACUGAGGUGAAACCUAUCUGGCCUCGAGGCUGGAUGCAGGCCGGACUCUCUUCAAUGAAAGCAGACGUCUGUACCCGCAGCUCAGCUCUAUAAUGUCAAAAAACAAACCCACACCUCCCUCCAAAGUAAAAGUAAAGGAAUCUUCAAAUAAGGCAGAGAAGACUGUACCUCCUUCGUCUGUGGAAGUCCAGGGAGCAGCUGUCUCCUCAACACCUCCAGCAAAGAACAUUCCACCUCCUCCAUCUUCCUUCUCUACUGGUGGGUCUCCAGUCUCUACCUACAAUCAAGACAACUCCCUAGAUGGAGAUCUCAUCCGC